UUAGGGAUUCGAUCUCGACAACAUCAAUGGCUCCCAAAGCAGAGAAGAAACCCGCCGCCUUGAAAAAGACUGUGGCAGAGAAAUCCCCGGCGGCAGAAAAAGCUGCGUCCAAGGCAAAGAAGAAGCUUCUCCUGCACGAUGGCGAUAAGAAGGGAAAGAAGCAGCACAGGAAGAAGAUCAGCGAGACAUACAAGAUCUACAUUUUUAAGGUGUUGAAGCAGGUUCAUCCUGAUAUCGGCAUCUCCAGUAAAGCUAUGGGCAUAAUGAACAGCUUUAUCAACGAUAUUUUUGAGAAAUUGGCCAGCGAAGCUUCGAGACUCGCCGGGUACACUAAAAAACCUACAAUUACCUCAAGGGAGAUUCAGACGUCUGUCAGGCUUACUCUUCCGGGAGAGCUUGGAAAGCAUGCCAUCUCAGAGGGCACCAAGGCCGUCACAAAAUUCACAAGCGCCUAAAUAAGCUUAUAUUCUACGAGGCUACUUAGGGUUAGUAGUAAUUGAUUCUCCAAGGGCUAUAAUUUAACGGUCAAAUGAACAUUUUAUGACGAUUAUCUGUUCGAUAUCAGAAAACAUAUAAAAAGAUGUUGAUCUUUGGUACAAUACAUUAUAAAUCUUAUAUUCGGUUUUCCGUUCGACAUGGGAAUGAAAAUCUGAAGCAUUCGUAUAUCUUUUCGAAUAAUUGUUAUUAAAUCUCAACAUUAUCGUCUGCAGUGCUGUACAGAAUUUUUAUUAC